AUGGAGACGCCGUCACGGGAGGUAUCGGACGCGGGUUCCGCCGCGAGGCGGAAUCCGCGCAGUCCCGGGGUGAGCCUCGGCCGCGGCCUGGACUCGUUUCUCGACGAUCUCACCCCGGAGGCGACGCGGCAGGCGACGACCGAGGACCGCGCCGCGCUGCUGCAGCUGACCAAGUUCAGGGAGCGGCUCGCGGCCAUGGGCGACGGCGCGGGCGACGGUGACGAGCACGAUCCCCCGGCGACGCCCUCGGACAGCCCGCGGACGAUGGAUACCACCAGCCGCGCGUCGUCUCCGCCAUCGCCGGACGAGAACGCGCCGCCGGGCACGGGCAUCCCGGGCAUGACCCCUCGGAAGGUUCACCCGUCGUUCACGCUCCCGCCCCACGAGCAGCAGCGGCGCGACGCCGCCGCCGCCGCCGCCGUCCGCACCCGGGGCACGUCUCCGAGCCUGAUCACGUCCCCGUCGGGUCGGAUCGAGGUCGGCGCGACGGCGACGACGACCGCGCGUUCCUCGCCGCUGGGCCGCGAACCGACCACCCCGACGGACCUAGACGACGCCGGGGGGAGUCAACGGAGGCGCCGGGCGCGUGUUCUCGAAGACGGAACAGACGUUUUCGGCAGGGACGACGACGACGUUUUCGGCAGGGACAACGACGACGGCGACGGGCUCACCGAGACGCGCGGGUCCGCCGCCGCCGAUACCACGGCGCGGCCGCCGGCUGACGACCCGCGCUCGUUAGCGACUCGGUCAAACGACGAUCCACGCAUCGUCGGGCGGCUGCUGGGAUCCGUGGAGGCGGCGUUGGCGGAGGCGGUGACGCCGCGAGCGGCGCUGGGUGCCCUGCGCGCGGACGUGGACGAGUGCAGGGCCGCGAUCGACGCCCUUCGCGAGAGCCACGUCGCGCUCGAACGCGAGGACGGCGCGUUGACCGAGGCGCAGGGUCAGAUGCGGGAGGAGCUCGACGACGCGUGGAGAACGCGGCUGCCGCGGCUGGAGCGCCUGAUGUUCCGACUCGCCGAUCGCCUGGACCGCGUGGUGGACGAGGCGGUGGCGGCGUCGGAGGCGGUGAACGUGCGACGCCUCGAGGAGGAGCUGGGUCGGCUUCGCGUUGAAAUCGCCGAGACAAUCGCGAGCAUCGGCGAUGGCACGGGUGAAGCCGUCGGCGAGGCGACCCUCGAAGCCAUCGCGCACGUGGACUCCAGCGUGAACGCCCUGCGCGCCGAGACCGCGGCCGCGGUGGAGAGCGUUCGCGUCGAGACGCUGGCGCGGUUGGAGCGGAUGGAGGCGGCACAGCUGGCGGAGGAGGCUCGGCGAAAGAGCGCCGUCGAGAGCGCCGUCGAGAGCACUCGCGGAUCCCGUCAUUGGAGCUCCUUCGCCGCGGGUUUGGAGCCGUGCGUCGACGUGAUCACCGCCCUCGCGGCCCGCGUGCUCGGACCGGGGCGUCGUUCGGGCAAGGACGAACGCGAGAGCUACCCGGCGGUGACGGCGACGGGAUCCGCUCUCGACGACGAAGCGUCCGGGGUGAUAAACCGUGGGCUCCGACGGCAAAUCCAUCGAUGCAAAACCAUCGGAGGCGUCGAAGGCGUCGCCUGGGACGACGACGCGGGCGCGGACCUGCUCGGCGCGUCGCUCGUCGUCCUCGCCGCCGAGGCGGCGCACGCGAUCGCGCCGCGCGGUCCGUGCAGGGUGGCGACGCGGGUCGUGCGCGCGGCGGUGUGGACGAGCACGGCGGCGCUGGCGUCGGGCGCGGUGAAAUCGUGGUGCCACCGCGUGGCAAACGAGGCGAUGGCGGAGCGAAGGAGGCGGCUCGAAGGGGGUGCGAAGGAGGGCGCGGACGUCGAUGACGAUGACGAGGAGGAGGAGAGGUUCGAGACUCCGCCGGCGAGGUCCUCGGCAGAUCCCGAGCUGUUCGUCGACACGCACUGA